AUUUGUACAGUCUUCAGUACCCUGCUUUCCUUGCGCCGACCAAAGAAACUGGGGGAAAAAAAUCUGCAUUAUUUGCGGCGCCGCUACGAUGUGAUUCCGUGUGUGUAUGUCUGCGUGUUUCUGUGAGUAUAUGUCAACGUACAGUACAAACGGGAGACAGAAAGAGUGGAAAGGAGAGGGAGAAAGAAAAGGGACACGCAUCGCUGGAUAUCAUAGGUUUUUAACAUACCCACUGGCCCCCAGCUUAGUUCUUCUCAUGGCUAGCGGGAAGAUAUGGAUGGCAUAAAACAGCGAAAAUGAAAACGCGAACUCACAAAGAAUCGAUGCCCAUGCGCAGUGGGCGGAGACGGGGGGGCAGCGAGGAGAGGAGGGGUAGACGCCCUCACCCCAGCCCCUCUCGUGCCGAACGAAGCGACAGGCAAACGAGAGCCUCUGGAGAGGAGUUGGCUGGAGGACGCGUCAAUCGCCGAACGCAAGGCCAUGACUCUUCAGAGAGCGAAGGAGAGGGACUCGUGCCGCCACCUAAACGACAGAAGGCCCAAGAUUCUUCUUCCUCUAUUCCCCCUCCUUCUUCUCAUCCGGCCGACACCUCUACCACCGUUCCGCCGCCACCCUCGGGUGCCAGCCAAUCACGCGAGAGUGAUAACGAAGAUGGCCAAUCACAGGGCAGCCGAAGCUCGGUUGGCGGGAGCUUGGCGAAUAGCAGCAGCAGCUUGAGCAGUGGGCGGGACAUCGACCAGGACAACCGUUCUUCCUCACCCAGCCUCUCUGCGUCCCCUCUGGCCAGUUUGGAUUCGGAAUCUGACUCCCCCGACUCACCAAAACAGGGAGAGAGGGACAGAGACAGGGGGAGGGAGGCAGGACAGACGAAAUCAGGAGGGGAUGACAGGACGACCUCUGGAAGAGGGGAAGAGUCCGGAGCAGGGGAAAGGAGAGACGGGGAUGUGGUGAUGGAGGACAGUCCUGUUCUCAAGCCUUCCUCCUCUCUGCCUCCCUCCAUUCGUGGAACGGGCGAUUCGGCAAGCGAGAGUGGCAACCGGAAGUCCUACUUUUCCCUGGAGUCCAAACUUGCAAGCAAGAUGGACUACCCGAACGCCGACGGCGCGCACAGUGGCAAUCGAAUGAACUCCAAAGCCGGCACUCAGUGUGUGUCAAAGGGCAUGGCCAGUGGGGCAGAAUACCCCCACCCCAACCCCAGCGCCCCACACCCGCCGUCCCUGCCUCCGCCCCCUGCCCUCAAGCCUCUGGAGCUGGGACAAAACCUGCAGACGGACUCCAAGGCGGACAAAAUGGAAAGGGCCGAGAAAGUUGACAAAACAGCCCCGCCUUCUCUGCUGCCCCAGAUCACUCCCCUGCCCCAGCCGGCGCCCCCGCCCCACCCUCACCACUACAGUCCCACCGGAUGGUCGGGGGGCGCAGGCCCCGGCACCGCCGGGAGCUGGGGCUUCUCCCGUUACCCGGGCAACCAUCACCCGCAACAGCAACAUCCCCCGGUGCAGCAGCAGCAGUUGCCCUCCGUCUACAAUCCCCCCGCCUCUCGACACCUGUCCCACCCUCCGUACCUGCCCCACCCCCACAGAGAGUACCUCCCCAGGUACGCGGCAGGGGAGCGGGAGAGGGGGGUUGAGAGGGAGAGGGGCGGAGUGAGGGACUUUGGGGGAAGAGAUAUCAGUAGGGAGUUCUCAGUCAGCCUCAGCGGCGGUAGCAGUAGCAGCGCUAGCAUUAGCAGCAGUAGCGGGAGCACUUGCGGUCCGAACGGGAACCAGGGAAGGGACUUUGGGAAUCUGUCAGUGGGUCAGGGCCGUGAGUAUACCGGGCUGGGCUCACAGGGUUCUGGCCGGGAGGGUUCUGGGCCCGGGCAGGGAGGGCGUGACUUUGCGUCAGGUUUUACGUCCAGAGAGAGAGACAGAGAAAGGGACAGGGAACCAGGGAGGGAGUUCACCCUGCAGAACCAGAACCAGAACCAAACCCAGAACCGGGACUUUGGUUCUGGUGGAGGCGGACACCCUAAGGAGAAGGAGGGCAGAUGGGGGGAGUUUGCAGGGCAGCUGAGAGAGGCAGGGGCCAAUAGCAACGCCAGCAAUAAUGCCACCUCCUCCGCUAAUGCCGUGACCCCAGCGGGUGGCUUGCCUGCCACCCCGCUGCUUAACCGUGACAACCGCGAGGCCCCAACUUCACCCCCGAACAGCACCCCCAGCCACCCUCCUCCACCUUCCCUGGCCCCCCUCUGCCAGCCACAGGCCUCCUCCAACAGAGACUACCCCCCCUCCAUGGAGUUCACUCUGCAGCAGCAGCAGCAAGCGUCGAUGCAGUCCUCCCAGGGUUCUUCCUCUUCUGGCUCGGACACUCUCGGCUCUCACUUUCUGAGGGAAUACCCCCCACCGGGGGCGAAAGAGUACCCCCCAGCCGUGCCUCCCUCCUCUGUCCCCCUUCCGGCCGGGCCCAGAGAGUACCCCAGCCCCACAAGCGCAGGAGGGGGGCUCAGCCGGGAUUAUCCUGGAGGGUCGCAGUUAGGCCUCGCUUCCCACCCACACUACCCCGGGCAGGCGGCCCCGCCGGGGGGCAGAGAGAGGGACCGGGAGCGCGAGCGUGACGGCGGCUCAUCGGCUCUGUUCGCCCGCACCGGCCAGCCCCCGUCCCUCUCCCCCUCCUCCUGUCACCCUCGCCCCCCUUCCGCCCCCUAUCCCGCGCCUCCGCCGCCUCCUCUCCCACCCCCUGCCUCCCUCGCCCAGCCCCUCCCGCCCUCCAACCUCGGGGCCAACCACGCGCGGCCGGGACCGUACCAUUCUUCCAAUCAGACGCUGACUCCUCCCACUCCCCUGUCCCCUCUCCCCAGCCCCUCGGCCAAUCAGAUGCCGGGAUUCUCCUCCGCGGCGAACGCCCCUCUCCCGGCGUCGGGCACGGCCGCCGUGUGCGGUGCCGGUUUCAGGCCCUCCCCCUACCAUGGCAACUUAAGUGGCCACGCCCCGUUUAAUGCUUCCUAUCACACCAACGGCAACAGCCUGAACAAUCUGCCCAAUAACGGCAGCAGCAGCAGCAGUGGCUCCAACCACAGCGCCACCGCUGGCAAUAACAGCAGCAACGCUCACGCUCACUCGCUCUCGCCCCAAAACAAUGGCAGCGCGUCAAAACUGCAUCCAACUGUCGGAAACCCUGGAAGUGCUGUUUCGGCCCCUCCCUCCGGCGCCGCUCUUCCAGGAGACGGGCUCACCGAUUCGUCCACGGCUCCGCCGCCGCCGCCCGUCAUCAAGGAGGAGCCAAUGGAGGAGCGGGAGGAAACGGACAGCCCGCCUCCUCCCCUGAGAAGUCCCUCGCCGGAGCCGAAGCCGGUGGAUAUCCCCAUCCAUGCCAGCCAAUCAGCACGGUUCCACAGGGUGCUGGACCGGGGCAACGGGAACUCCUGCGCCCGCAGCGACGUCCUGUUCGUGCCCCUGGACGGCUCCAAGCUCUGGAAGAAGAGGAACGAGGCCAUCGAGCGCGCCAGGAGGGAGGUGGAGCAGAGAGCCAGGGACCUGCGGGAGAAGGAGAGGGAGCGGGAGAGGGAGAAGGAGAGGGAGAGGGAGAGAGAGGUGGAAAGGCACCUGCAGAAGGACAACAGCGGUGGCUCCGGCGGGGGAGUGGGCGGAGGGGGCCGGCCCGCCCCCUCCCUCUUCUUCCCCCCUUCCUCCUCCAUCCUCCUGGACCCGUCCUCCUCCUCCUCGGCCGGCAACCCGGCGUCCCACCCCCCGCCCCACGCCCACCACCACCACCCCUCCCACCACCCCCACCACGCGCACUCCCUGCACCCCGGCCACCACCUGCACCCCUCGCUCUCGCACUCCCUGCUCUUGCCCGCCAUGGCGGGCGGGGGCGCGCCCAUGGGGGCCCCCCAGGGAGCCCUGGGGGUGGGGUUAGGGGCCCCGUACCUGGGCCCGGACACGCCGGCGCUGAGGACGCUCAGCGAGUACGCCCGGCCGCACGCCAUGUCCCCGCUGAGCGCGGCCGGCAGGGUCCAAGGCCACCACCCCCACCUGCACCCGCACGCCCACCCGCACGCCCACCACCACGUGCACCCCUCCUUCUUCCUGCCCCAGUUCCAAAACCCCGCGCUGGCCCACCCGCACCACCUGCCCGCGGACGCCGCCACCGCGGCGGCCAUUUUGGGCUUCCUGUACGGGGGAGGGCUGGAAGGGGGCCCGGGAAUGGGGGCUCACGGCAUGGCCGGCCCCGGGCACGGAGGGAUGGGGGGCAGCCUCGGCGGGGUGGGCUUUCCUCACGCGGUGGCGCACAGGGACCGCGUGAAACCAGGGUUCGAGUUUAAGAGCGAGGAGCGGGUGUACCAGCCCAGCACCAUCACAGACCCGGCUCUCUCCCUGUCCCACUCCCACUCUCACUCCCUGCUCCUGGGCGGAGCUGCGGGCGGGGCCGCCGAGGUGUCUCUGUACGGGACCCCGCCCCCGCCCGCCCCUCCCCCGCCCCCUCUCCAAAACCCCGGCCUCGCUCCAGCAAACCGCAACCCUAACCCAGCCCCUCAGUCCCUGUCUGCCCCUCCCCCUUCCUCCCUCCUCCCGCCCUCCCACCCAGCCCCUGCCGUGGCCCCCACCCCCCCUGCCCCGGCUCCUCCCCCCGCGCCCCCUCCUGCUCCGCCCCCGGCCGCCAACCCGGCCUCCUCCCUCCAUCACUCCUCCACGCACUCCUCUUUCCCCCACUCCCUCGCUUCUCACCCCCAGCCCGCCCCGGCUCCGGCCGCUCCCCCCGAAAACUACCCCCCUCAGACCCGCUCCCCGGGCGUGGCAGAGAGAGAGAGGAGCGGAGAGAGGGAGCGGGAGAGGGCAGCGCCUCCCACCGGAGAGAGGGAGAGAGAGAGGGAGAGAGAGAGAGGAGGAGGAGGAGGAGGAGGAGGGGGGGAGUCCCUGGGGAGACUCCAGAUGCUGAACGUGACACCUCAUCACCACCAGCACUCCCACAUUCACUCCCACCUCCACCUGCACCAGCAAGACACAGCAGCGGGCGGGGUGCACCCCCUGAUGGACCCCCUGGCGUCUGGGUCCCCCCUCGCUCGCCUGCCCUAUCCGGGGGCCGCCCUGGGGCCCCCCAUCCUGGCACACCCCCUCACUGACAGUGAGGUUCUCCGCCAGCAGCUCUUUGGGGCCCCGUUCCGGGAGCUGCCACAGCCCUCCUCCCUGUCAGGCCCCAUGUCUGCGGCCCACCAGCUCCAGGCCAUGCAGCAGGCCCAGAACGCCGAGAUCCAGAUCCAGAGACUGGCUCUGGAGCAGCAGUGGAUCCAUCACCACCACCACCACUCCCUCACACAGGACGAGUACUACAGUCACCUGAAGAAAGAGAGCGACAAGACGCUGUGAGGGGGCCGAGAGACAGAGAGAGAGAGCGAGAGAGAGAGAGAGAGAGGACAAACGCAGCCGUGGGUGAAUGAAAAACGAAGCGAUAACCGAAGGAGGCCGAAUAUUGUAAACUGACCGGCUGAAUGAAGGGGCGCGCUGAGAGCCAGACGCAGGCGCAGAGACUACGGCCCCCGAAAAAAAAAAAGGGGGGGGGCCACAAACACAAAUCCCUUUCACCCCCCCGGGGGGACUCUCAACCUUCUCCAAACGCACCGCCGCCACUUGUUUUUUCUCUUUCCGUUCGAUACCGGCGUCACGGGCACGCACACGUCUGGAGCCCCGCGCUCGAGGCACGCGGUGCUCCUCUUCGCCGGGCGACCCGACAGUUUCGGGGCGAUGAUGGAGCUCCGGCGGAGUGCAGCCCGUUAGAUCAUCUCCAAUUGGGCUCACAGGGAAAUCCUGCACACAACCACAAACAACAGAAAUGAGGCUGACAGCAAAGUGCCAUCUGAGGGAGCCAUUUUAACUCGCAGUUCGGAUGUGAGGAUGGAGGCAGGCUGUUUUCUUUUACAACUCUGUGGUAGAAAAAAAAACUCAAGGGAGGGGACAAAAUGGUCAUUAUCUAGCACUUUUCAGUUACAGAUUUUAUUGUGGUAAGGAAAUGGAUGACCCACUGACUGAAUAAUCAUUUUAAAUCAAGCAAUUUCUUCAGUUUAACUUGCCUUUGAGGGAACAGCACAUGAUGCGAAAUGAAGGGGCUUUUAACACAGUAGUGUGUGUAAUAUGUGAUUGAUUGUUUCUUGCUCUGGGACAUUGAGCUAAUACACUUAGAACUACAGUGUAUACCCUGUAAUAUAUUCUGUACAUUUGCUGGAGGCCACAAUAUAGUGUGUGUACUAUAUAUUAAGCCAGAAGGACUGUAAAUAAGGUUUUAUGUCAUUGCAUGUAGCUAGAUGCUGAAUCUUAACUGGUGGGACUUUUUCUUCUUUUUAGUAAUCUCCACUCCAAUUGGUGGAAAUUUUACGAGCAUGCAUGAGGCCUAUGAUUUUGUGUCAUAUUAUAAUUGUUAUUAUUAAUCGUAUUAUUCUUAAUGUCGUUUGUUUGUUAAUAAUUAUAUUAUUAUAUAUACAUAUUAUUUUGUAUUAUUUUUUUACAUUUUCAUGGUAUGAUCAGUUUUAUUUUGAAUUUUGAAUUUUCCCUGUGAACAAAGAAAUGCAAAUGAAAGAAAAAAGAGUCUUAAAAUAAAUGAAAUGUCUUUUUUUCUAAAUACAAA